GUAAGGGUACCCGAGGAAACAGCGAGCGAGGAUGGGUGGCGGAGAAUGGACCAGUUGGUUGCAAGGAUGUCGAGAAUCGCGGAGAUUGGUUCUCGUGAUCGUCGCCAUCGCUCUGCUCCUGGACAACAUGCUUCUGACUACGGUCGUGCCCAUUAUACCGGAAUUUCUGUACGACAUCAAGCACCCUAACUCGACCCUGAGCCAGCACCUCGAAUCGAGUGGUCCUGCUCGAACGACCACGAUGAAGACCACGACAAGUACCACCAGCAGCAUAACCACGACUCCAAAAUGUCCUUGUGCCCCGAACAGAUCAAGCGAUGCUCAACUGGAGUUCAUUUACGCCAGCACCCUAUCUACCAUCGAUCUUCCUGAGAACCCGGUCGACAAUGGGAGUUUAGCAGAGUUAAAGGAAAAGGAGCAGAGACAUCGUGAAUUAUUGGAGGAAACUGUCGCGGUUGGGGUAAUGUUCGCAUCGAAAGCUUUCGUACAGCUCUUGGCCAAUCCUAUCGUUGGCCCACUUACCCACAAAAUUGGUUACAGCAUCCCCAUGUUUACUGGAUUCAUCAUUAUGUUCCUUUCCACGCUGAUAUUCGCGUUUGGACGAAGCUACGGCAUUCUUUUCUUGGCAAGGGCGCUGCAGGGUAUCGGAUCAUCGUGCUCCAGCGUUUCAGGUAUGGGUAUGCUGGCCGAGAGAUAUCAAGACGAUAAGGAACGUGGAAACGCGAUGGGUAUCGCGUUGGGUGGUUUGGCCCUCGGUGUUCUCAUUGGUCCACCCUUUGGCGGGGUCAUGUACGAGUUCGUUGGGAAAUCUGCUCCGUUCUUGAUACUUUCCGCAUUGGCUCUUGGCGACGGAAUUCUGCAACUUCUGGUGCUACAACCGUCCGUCGUUUAUACCGAAGCAGAUCCGCCAUCUUUGAAGUCGUUGGUCACUGAUCCUUACAUCGUGCUGGCUGCUGGUGCCAUCACGUUCGCCAACAUGGGUAUCGCUAUGCUGGAGCCUAGCCUCCCGAUUUGGAUGAUGGACACGAUGGGUGCGAGCAGAUGGAAACAGGGCGCCACGUUUUUACCAGCGAGCAUCAGCUACUUGAUCGGUACCAAUCUUUUUGGACCACUUGGGCACAGGAUGGGCAGGUGGUUGGCUUCCUUGAUCGGACUUGUCGUCAUUGGUAUUUGUCUGAUGUGUAUACCACUGGCAAGGAGUAUCGAUCACUUGAUCGUACCCAACGCUGGUUUGGGAUUCGCUAUCGGCAUGGUUGACAGUUCGAUGAUGCCCGAAUUAGGUUACUUGGUGGACAUAAGGCACAGUGCUGUUUACGGAAGCGUUUAUGCCAUUGGAGACGUUGCAUUCUGUUUAGGUUUUGCUAUCGGACCUGCAUUGAGCGGUACAUUGGUCAACACAAUCGGUUUCGAAUGGAUGUUAUUUGGAAUCGCUAUUCUCAACUUUCUUUACGCUCCUCUGAUGUACUUUUUGAGAGCACCACCAACGAAGGAGGAGAAGAAAUCGCUAAUCAUUGGCGAGAAAUCUUCUGUGCGCUACGUAACGUACCAGAACGAAGAAGAGGAGCAAUAAACUAACCUGGGACGCUCUUCUCGUCGAUCAGUUUUCCGUUCAUGGUAUUCUUCACACGAUGGAACAACGAGUUAAAUAUAAUUAGCGAUCCCCAUCCGCAACCUGCCUCAAGAUACAUCUUUUUUUUUUAUAGGUUAUGUGUAUCUUCUCGGGGAAAUUAGCGAUACCGUAAGACGACAGAAAAUGUUGUCCUUGCUCUUGACACUCUAUGUUUAGAACAGUGACGCUCAUUUGCACCAGUGUUUCUCAAACUGGGGUUCACAAAUUAAAAAAAAAAAAAAUGCAUAUUAUAAGCAUACUAGUUUAACAAAAAAGCUGCUUUAUAAGUGUUAAAAAGCUCCAUAGAUUCUUACAAUUUUACCUGGAAGUCAGGUAAUAAGUAAUUUUUGUUACAUUCAUUUCUGUGCAGUAAAUUAGUUGUACAACUUCGAUUAAAAAGUAUUCUUCUUAAAAGCCUUUAAAGUAUAUUAAAAAUAUAACAAUUCAAAUGUAUCCUAGGGAGUUUGAGAAACACUGUCACUUAUUAUAUCGCGGGAUAUCAAACGCUUGACAAACACGCGAUCAUCUCGACGGAACGAAUGAUCGACUUUCUCUUUAUCCUCGAUGUUCGAAGCACGCAUUGGCACAUCCAUCGAUCUUUCGAACUCCCAGGAUAAAGGAGAAGCACGCUGUACGAGGAUAAAACUUUCUGAAAUUCGCGCGCGCGCGAUAAAUAGGCGUUUAAUUACUUCCUUAGCUAAUGAAAAUUGUAUAUACACACGUAUAUGUACUUGUAGCAGUAGAUCGAAAGAAUAAGUGUGUGCGUUCAAAGAAAUUGUACGCAUCGGCAUGUAUAGAAUAAGUGCAUUUGAUUUGCAUCGAUCAAUCGAUAAAGAUGUAUACGUAGCUUGUACACCGCGAUCGGUCGGUAAUUUAUUCGUUAGUUCGUGAACCGUAAACCGUGCGAAAUCUUCAGCCGCUCGUGACGAAAAAAUAUUAACAAAAUCACAAAAUUUUUUUACGGAGAACCGCCUGAUUUGGAUUCCCUGAAUGGCUGCAGGGAAACCGACCGCCAAAACAGCGAUCAGGUGUCAUGAAGAGUUCUCCAAAAUUUGUCGAGUCGAUUCUAUUCGAUAGUCGGUAAAAAAGAGUAUACCGACAUGUUGAACCAAGUAGUGACAGCUGAAGAGAAUUUGCGAUCUUUAUCCUUAGUAGGUAAUUAAGAAAAAACCGAUUUCAAUAUUCUCUAGACGGUAUACCUAUAUAUGUAUACAUGUAUAAAAGAAAAGCUGUUGUGUUAUUACUACGCGGUAAACGAUAGGAUUGCCACAAGUUUAAAUUCAAAUGAAAUAUUUACGAUUAUAUAUAUGAAUUUAUCGCACUCUGUAUGGUAUAUACACUGAUGAAAAUAUCCACUGAGAGUCUUAUUAGUGUACAAUUCUGUUUAUGAGAUGCCAAGGGUCCUAUGCCCUAAGCUUAUAAAUAUACGUACAUGCAUACACGCACGUAGGGCUUUAGUCUCUCAGAAACAGAAUUGUCCUAUUUUACACUUAUCAAUAUGCGGCAAUCCUGAUAAAUCGGUGAAUAGGUUAGCGUCGUAGCGUUCGUAGGAUUAGCAAAUCAUACGAUAAACUGUGUGAAUUCGCGGCGGGAAACUCUACCUUCAAUAUUCUUUGUUCCGUGUUGGUUCUCUUAAAAAUAUUUAUAAAGGAGAUACACGCGUAGAAACGCGUUACGCGUAUUCGUGUUCCAGUAAUAGUUCCGUAAGCAUGGUAGCUUAAAUAGAACAGUUGCGUAUAAACAAAUUCUAUAACCUCAAAAGUAGGCUGAUUGUAUUCGUUGUUCGGUUCGAGGAACAAAGGCCGUGUAUGUGUAUACAACCAGGUCCUAAGCUACUGCAAAUGUACGUGAAAAUAAUUUUUAAGGAAAGAAGCAGCAUUAUUGUAUUGUUUCGACAAAGGUGCUAAUAAUACAUACUCGUGCGAGCAUACUCGAUAUAAAUACUAAAUGCACUCGUGCAACAUAAAUAUAUGAUACUAUAAUUAAGCGAAAUUAUAUUUGUGGUAGAAUCGUAGAAACUUUGAAUUUCAAUCUGUAGUAUACUAAGAGAUGUAUAAUAGAGUAGAUUAGAAUAAAGCGGAGAUCCAUCGGAAUUUUCUCAUAAGAUUGGCGGUUCUAUUGAAUGUCAGAGACGAACAAGAUUAUCUAGAUGAAAUUUUUUAGUAAGACAUAAAAGAUGGAGAAUUUACAUGCGUUAUUCCGU